UACACGUCAAAUACAUUGCAUAGUUGAGAAUUUCGAGACAUGUAGGAAUAACAUAAAGGCAUAUUUAUAAAUAUAGAAAUAUACGCAGUAAGGUAAGAUAACGUUAUUACUGUUUAAAAGAUAGCAAAUAUCGUUCAAUUUCUCGUGUGGAGAAUAAAAAAUUUAAAGAAGACAUUAGAUUAUCCUCAUCUAAAGAAAGCAGAUUGUUUUAAUGCAUCUUUAACAAAUAAAAUGAGUGAAGUUGAGGAAAUUAACAAGCUUGAGGAAGCAUCUCUCCAAAAUUCUUGGGUUUUUGUAGAAGAUUGUGACAUUGAUAGCCCACAAAAUAAGUAUUAUCUUAAUUGCUCAACUGAACCCAUCACUGAAUUAACAGAUACUGUAGAUAAAAAUGAUUUAGAAACUGACUCGGAUGGAAUAAGUGUUAUAAGUGAGAGUGAUGAAGCCAAGGAAGUUCUUGCUGAUGAAAAAGAUGCAAUAACUCCCAUUUAUAAAAGAGAUUGCGUAAAUGAUGAUAUAAAUUCAACAUGGAGGUUUCGCACUUUUGCUGUGGUAGUUUUAUUACUAGCUUUAUUUGUACCAAUGUUACUUAAUUAUGUGAUUUAUUCAAACAAUAAUUUAGACGACGUUUCUGAAUAUAAUAAUAACGAUUAUUUAGACAAUGAUGUUGAUAAAAUUGGGCAAGAAUUAAUUAACAUCAAUAUUGAGCCAAAAUUUGAAGUUGCAAAUAAUGAUUUAAAUGAAUCUGACAUAAAAGAAGUAGAAGUUGUGAUGAAAGAUGUAAAAAAAGAGAAAUUAAAAGUUAAUAAGAAAGAAAAGGUGAUAAAAGAAAUAGAUGUGAUAACAAAAUCCUCAAAUCCUAGCAACUUCAAAGAAAAUAAAAUAAAAGAUGUCAAAGUUAAAGAUAAAUCAAAGGGGAAUAAGCAAAAGAGGAUCUUAAAGGAAGAAAAGAAAUCUGACAAAGUUAAAAAAUGUAAAUAUAACAAUAAAAAUAAAGAAAUAAAAGGCGAUAAAAAAUUUAAAUACGAAAAUAUCAAAGAUAAAGAUAAAAAAAUGAAAAAAUCGAAAGAAAGAAAUGACGGUAAAGAGCAUAGACAAAAUUCUUAUUAUCCUAAACCAGAAAAAAACGUUCAUUCAAAAUCUAAAGUAAAGUACCCACACUCAGAAAAGCGCAAAGAAGAAAAAAAUAAACCAUAUUUUAAAACAGAAAACAAUAAGAAUUAUAAGAAAACUACAAAAACAAAUAAGGUGAAAAUUAUUAAUAAUAACAAUUAUUUAAGGUGGAAAUUAGACGAGUAUUACUUCAGUUCCAGGAUUGACAAAAAAAAGAUUUUUAAUUCAAGAACUAAGGAACAAUUCUAUGUGAUGGAGGAGCAAUAUACGUCAUAUUUUAAACGGGUGAUUUUUUGAUACUGAUUAAGAAGGAAUUAAAGAAAAUAAUUUAUAAAUAAUUUUUUUUGUAUAUACAUAUGUAUAAAAUACGUUAAAAAUAAAAAGAAAUCUCAAUUUUAAAUCAAACUGUAACCAUGAAGUUGCUUAAUUCGUCACAGGGGGGCAGUGGUGUCGCUUCACCUCAUAAAAUCAAUACAACCCUCGUUUAUAUUAUACACUUCAAUGUAAAGUAAUAGUAU